UCCGAACUCUUCAAGUCACCAUCUCUUGCUAGCAAAAAACCGCCUUAACUUUCUAUUUCUUGAACCAUUUAAUUCUAACCUUGUUCAGCUACAGAAAUAGAAUUAAUUAGCCAUGUCUCUCACCGGUUUAAACCAAUUCCCAGUUCAUGAGACCGUAUCCCUGAAUUUAAAUAGCAUUCAGCUAACUGUUUUGAUUGUGGGGUUGGUUAAAUUCCUCUUGCUGCGCAUACUCCUUGACAGGAAGAGAAUUUCCUGCUUCGUUUCAAGAUUUCAGUCUCAAUUGCUCAGCAAUGAUGAUUAUCUAAAGACUCGUGCUGUUUCAACAAAGGAUGGAGAUUCACAGUCAUCGACUGCGUCCAAUCAAGAGAAGAGAGUUGAUGAUCAGAGUGUGUGCAGAGGAGAGGUGGAGAUGAUUUUAAGAAGCUUAGGAAUGCUUUGCGGUGAUGUUGAUCAAGCAGGAGCAAAGCUAAUUCCAGCGAGUUUGGAUGCCAAUGACCUCCUCAACAUGUUUGAAGAGAGAACUCCGAGCUUGGACGAAGUUAAAGAAGCUUUCGACGUGUUUGACAGUAACAGAGAUGGAUUUAUUGAUGCACAGGAGCUGCAGAAGGUUCUCUCUGCUCUGGGAUUGAAGGAAGGAUCAGAAAUGGAGAACUGCAGGAGAAUGAUUGGAGCUUUUGAUGAAAAUGGAGAUGGAAGGAUAGACUUGGACGAAUUUAUAAAAUUCAUGGAGAAUAGCUCUAGUUGAAUUACUCCUUUUUUGCAAGAGAAACUUGUUAUAAACCUUCAAGUUCAUCAUAUUCUUUAAUUUUAUACUCUACUAAUUGUUUGGAAUUUUUCCAUGACAUUCACAAUUUCAAGGAUAUGAUAUUUCCACUGCAUCCAGCUAAAA